CGUUUGUUAAUUCUAAUGUCCAAUUUUAAUUUUUUGAACCUUGAGGGACUACUUUCCGCAAUAUUUUGUACAAAAUUAAGCUAACAAAUUUCGUUAAAUAUUACAAUUUAUGAGUUACACUUACAUAACCAUCGACUUUUAGUCUAAAAACUAAAAAAUAAAGUGUUACGAGCUCUAUGGCUGAUUAUAGAAUAUGUGAAUAGCUUAAAACACUGAUAAUAAUUUAAGAUAUGGCUGUAAGCAAAUAGUAUGAAUGAAUUAAAAAUGUCAGAUUUUAAAGGCAGCAAUGAGAGUAAGGCAGCCCUUAAGGGAUCAAACAACCUCCAACACCAACAUUGGAAAGAGUUUGUUUGUGGUGGAGGUUCUGCCUUCUGCAACAUUCUCAUUAGCUAUCCCUUAAAUAAAGUCAUAUUUAGACAGAUGAUGCAUGGAGUCGAAGCUACAUUUGCUCUCAACCAACUCCAAAAGGAAGGCUUGGGUUAUUUAUACCGUGGGAUGUUGCCGCCUCUGUUACAAAGAUCUAUGUCAAUGUCUCUCAUGUUUGGUAUAUAUGAUGAGUGUCUCCAGCCUCUGUUACAUUAUAACGUGAACCCUCAUCUCUCUAAGAUGAUAGCGGGAGUGGUCGCUGGUUGUUUUGAAGCCACCCUCAUGCCGUUUGAACGUCUCCAAACAUUACUGAUCCAUCCAAAGUACCAUCAAAAGUUCAAGAAUACUGCGGACGCAGCCAGUAAUAUAUAUAAGCACUAUGGAAUCAAAGAGUUUUAUAGAGGGCUCGUUCCAAUUUUACUCAGGAACGGUCCAUCGAAUGCUCUGUUUUUUGUCAUUAGAGAUGAGGUGCGUUUGAGAUUGCCUAGUCAGGAGAAAUUAGUCUAUGAUAGCUUGCAGAAUUUUCUAGCUGGUGCUUCAAUCGGUGCUUUCCUAAGUACGCUCUUUUAUCCAUUGAAUGUUAUAAAAAUUGGCAUGCAAUGCGAGCUGGGCGGCCCUCACAGGAAGCUGUUGUAUGAGUUCAACUAUAUUCUGCGCAAGCGAGGUUCAAGGUUCGGUAAUUUCUAUCACGGCGCACUACUAAAUAUAUCCCGGGCGUUUUUGAGCUGGGGUAUUAUUAACGCUUCGUAUGAAGUUUUUAGAAAAAUUUUAUAUCCCUAGUCAUAUUGUUUGUUUGUUUUUUUUUUUUUUUUAUUAUUUUAUCAUGAUGUAUAUCUCGUUGGACGUGUAUAUGGGGUUUAUUGUAAAUGUUUAUACUAAAAUUUAAGUUCAACUUUGUUACAGCGUUUUUAAUGGGGUGUGCCUAUAUUAAAUUAUAUAUAAAAAUUAAUUUAUGAAAAUAUAUUACAGAAUAAUGGAAUACAUUUUGUCUUUGCAAUAUGUAUAAUUAAUGUAUAAUUAUACAGCUUGGAAUUAGCUUAAUUAUAGUUUUUCUCGAUGUCAGCACUUAUGUAUAUAUAUACACUCACAUAAAAUAUAUGGCAUGGCGACAAAUCAAAGUCGUGCAAUGAACUGUUUAGUUAUUUAUUCUGUAGGAUAUAAAAAGAAAUAAAAUUUCUUAAAAUUAAAACGA